GCUUGGCUGGUUGUUUAAGUGAAGCGUUUCGGCCUAAAUGAACAAAAACAUUACGUAGAUUCGAAUUAUAUGGCUUCAAUACAAAAAAUCAUAAUAUAAUUUAUAAAACAGUAUUCCUGUGACCUGAAAACAAGCGGUAACACGCAGCAAAAUGUACGGGUUCGUAAACUAUGCCUUAGAGUUGCUGGUGAUGAAGGCGCAUGGUGUGGAAACAUGGGAAAAAAUCAAGAAAAAGGCUGAGGUUGCGAUGGAAGGCAGUUUUCUCGUUCGCCAGAUUUAUGAAGACGAAAUAACAUACAAUUUGAUUACUGCUGCUGUUGAAGUUCUGCAGACCCCAGCUAAUGAAAUUCUUGAGCUUUUCGGGAUGACUUUCUUCGAGUUUUGUCAAGAUUCUGGAUAUGACAAAAUUUUGCAAGUGCUUGGAGCUACGCCUCGUGAUUUCUUACAGAACUUGGACGGUCUCCACGACCAUCUUGGCACAUUAUACCCCGGCAUGCGCUCCCCAUCGUUCCGUUGCACGGAGCGGCCGGAAGAUGGCGCGCUUGUGUUACACUACUAUUCUGACAGGCCGGGGUUGGAGCAUAUUGUUAUUGGUAUUGUUAAGACGGUAACAAGCAAGCUCCACAACACUGAAGUGCAGGUGGACAUCUUGAAGACGAAGGAGGAAUGCGACCACGUGCAGUUCCUUAUCACGGAGACAUCGUCUACUGGGAGGGUUUCAGCUCCAGAGAUGACUGAGAUUGAGACGCUUUCUAUUGAGCCAAAAGUGAGUCCAGCGACGUUCUGCAGAGUAUUCCCCUUCCACUUGAUGUUCGACCGGGAGCUGAAUAUAGUACAAGCUGGUCGUUCUGUCACUCGGCUUCUGCCGCGGCUCAUGAAGCCUGGAUGCAAGAUUACCGAUGUUUUGGAUACGGUUCGUCCCCACUUGGUAAUGACAUUUUCCAAUGUGUUAGCACACAUCAACACAGUCUAUGUGUUGAAAACCAAAUCUGAAGAAAUGAGUGUGUCUAACCAUCACGAGGAAAUUGCUCCUUUACGUUUGAAGGGUCAAAUGCUAUACAUUCCCGAAACAGAUGUUGUCGUAUUCCAAUGCUACCCCAGUGUCACUAAUCUCGAUGAUUUGAUCCGCCGUGGACUUUGCAUCUCAGAUAUACCCUUGCAUGAUGCUACCAGAGACUUGGUGUUGAUGUCAGAGCAGUUUGAAGCUGAUUAUAAACUGACGCAGAAUUUGGAAGUGCUUACUGAUAAACUGCAACAUACUUAUCGGGAACUGGAGGCGGAGAAACAGAAGACUGAUAGGCUCCUCUAUUCAGUCCUACCCAAGAGCGUAGCUACAGAACUCCGCCAUCGUCGUCCCGUACCUGCUCGCAGAUACGAUCCUGUGACGCUUCUCUUUAGUGGGAUUGUGGGCUUUGCUAACUAUUGUGCCAGGAAUAUUGAUCAUAAGGGCGCCAUGAAGAUUGUCAAGAUGUUAAACGAUUUGUAUACAGCUUUCGAUGUCCUGACCGACCCUAAAAGGAACCCAGAUGUGUAUAAGGUUGAAACAGUAGGAGAUAAGUACAUGGCAGUAUCAGGUUUGCCCGAAUACAAGGAAGGUCAUGCAAAACACAUCUGCUUGCUAGCUCUGGAAAUGAUGGAUCUUUCCAAAACUGUGACAGUUGAUGGAGAACCAGUGGGUAUAACAAUCGGCAUCCACUCCGGGGAGGUAGUGACGGGUGUGAUCGGGCACCGCAUGCCGCGCUACUGCCUGUUCGGGAACACCGUGAACCUCACCAGCCGCUGUGAGACCACGGGCGUGCCCGGCACUAUUAAUGUUAGCGAGGAUACUUAUAGCUACCUGAUGCGUGAAGACAACUAUGAUGAGCAGUUCGAGCUGACCUAUCGUGGCCACGUCUCCAUGAAAGGAAAAGCGGUUCCCAUGCAAACUUGGUUCCUGACCAGGAAGGCAUAAGAAUGUUCUGGAAUCUCAAUAGUUUUUGGUGUAUUUGUAUGGCCUCAAACCUGGUUACUAGGAUGGUAUAAUUCUGGCAAUCUCAAUAGUUCUUGGUGUACUUAUGGCCUAUAUAAGCCUAAUUGGUGUUAGUUUUUGUGCCCUUGUAAGGUAUUAUAGUUUAGUAUUAUUGGUAACGAGUUCCCAAAUUUCUUUGAAGAUAGAUGAAAAACAUAUUUUAAUUAUGGUUGACGGUUAAACGGUUUAUCUGAUAUUUAUAAAAUGGGAUUGAAAAAACGAAGGGAAUAGAAACAUUGAGGGAGUGGUUUUAAAAUAAAUGUAUUUUUAUUUUACAAUAUGCCUAUCUAUUUGCUGGUAAUUUAUUUCGCAGAUAAUAAUAAUAAUUAAAGUAUCAUUCCAUUUGGCUCUAACUAUUCUCAUUCUCUCAUAAUCUGAAAUAGGCCUAUAUUAUUCCUUGUGUUAUUUAUUCCUUCUACACAAUUAUGAUGUGAAAAGUAUUUUAUAUAGUCAAAUACAUAAUAAUCAAAUUAUAUUUAAUUACAUGUUGUUAGUAAUGUAUCGAUGUUUUAUUUAUUCUUGUUACAAUAUAAGAUUUUCUAAAUAGCUCAGAUUUUCGUAUUCAAAUUAGGGCAACUAUUUAUUGUUUUUUUAUUUCUAUUUAUUGUUAUUUUAAAGAAAGCCUGUUGUAUCUAGUCAUUAGUGGUAAUAAGAAAUAAUAUUGUGCACGUAGAUUAGAAAUCUGUCGAAAUAUUAUAUUGUGUCCAAAGUUUAAUAAAUUGUACCAAAUAUU